UUUCAGUUAGUUUCUCACGCAGUGCAGAGAGAAGGAGACGUCCAGCAGACAGUAAGCUGAAUUUUGAGUGAUGUAGCAUUGGUCAUCUAGCCAUUCAAUCUAGACUGCUGACAAGGAGACGCCGCUUUCAAGAAAUUAUAGCCUGCAGAGUGGGGAGAAAACCAUAUCUGGAUAUUCUCCAUAUAAAACAACUGCCGUUUAGAAAUUGAAAAUGGCCUCCGCUGGACUUGAGAUUUUGGGCUUGGCUUUAUGCGUAAUCGGGACCCUGCUGGAGAUGGUGGCCUGCGGACUACCCAUGUGGAAGGUGACGGCCUUUAUCGAGGCCAACAUCGUGGUGGCACAGAUCAUCUGGGACGGGCUGUGGAUGUCCUGCGCCGUGCAGAGCACCGGCCAGAUGCAGUGCAAGAUGCACGACUCCAUGCUGGCGCUCGACCACGACCUGCAGGCGGCCCGUGCUCUCACCGUCAUCUCCUCCGUGAUGGGCGUCCUCGGGCUGAUGGUGGUUAUAGCGGGCGCACAGUGUACCAACUGCAUCCGCGCGGACACGGUGAAGGCGCGUGUGGUGAACGUCGGAGGAGUCAUCUUCAUCGUGGCCGGCAUCUUUGUGCUCGUACCGCUGUGCUGGAUGGCCAACAACAUCAUCACGAAUUUCUACAACCCGCAGGUGCCCACGGCCCGAAAGCGCGAGAUUGGCGCGUCGCUCUACAUUGGAUGGGCUGCCACGGCGUUGCUGCUGGUCGGUGGUUCAAUACUUUGCUGCUCCUGCCCAUCCUCGACAAACUCCGGCUACUCUGUGCAGUACGCUACCACAUCACAGUACCCUGCCGCCACGACACGGGCCACGGCAAACGGGGACUAUGACAAAAGGAAUUACGUUUGAUCAUCUACUUCUCAUGCGGUAGUGCCAACACUGCUGACCCAGAGGAGGGCGAUUUUUUGUCUUUCUUGAUGUUUUUUGUAUGCUGUUUCUUUUGUAAGAAAAAGAUUUGCACCUACCUUUUUUCUCAUUCAGAACUGAAUCAUGAGAAAACACUAUACUUUAUGCUACUGCACACGGAAAAGUUAACGAACGGUCACAUCGUCUGGCCCAUGUUUCAGAAAAAAACAUUUAUGCGCGUCUUGGCUCACAGUGGAAUGAAAGGACAAGAACCUGGGUUUAUUUAGGUACCUACAGUCGCAAGUCCGCCAUUUUAUAUAGACUAGUUAGUUUGAACGCUGUUGUGAUUCUAAUGUUUACUUUUUAAUGUUUAAUGUUUUGUUUUCUAUAUUAUCUGUAUGCCUGGUAAAAGUAGCCUGUACUCACAAAACAGGUGGCCUUUGCGACUAAAAGUGCUUACCACAGUGAUUUGUUUGAAGAGUUCCCCCAUCACACAUUGGAGAGAUGGAGACGUUAAGGCACCGCGUAAAUUAACGGACCCCCUAACCAAAGUGCUCCAGCCGAGUUGAUAGGCCAACUUCCCCCUUUGAGAGAAAAGUGUAUAGUCAAUUGAUACGCAUGACCUGUUAACACCGCAGCGCCGAAGUUGUUAUUGUUCAAGUGCUGAUGAGUGCAGCUGCGCGGCUGGAUCACUCCGGAGGCAAAACUUUUGAAACGUUGCUCCUCAGUUAUCCGAGGAAAUAUUUGCCAUCCCAAAAGCCUCUAUUUUUGUAACUCUGAAAGUUUUUUAAAUGCUUUACUGUGAUGCUUUGAAAAUGAUCUCUGAAUAAACAUUUAUUAAGAAGACA